GAUUAGAUAUUUCCGUUAAUGAGCAGCUGAACUGGUGGUUAGUCUCAAUUAACCGUCUUCAUCUGGACUGUGAUUCGAAAUUGCGACUUUAUUCUCAAAAGGAUCUUUACGUGGCGAACUUGUUCGCUCCUCAAAAACAAAAGUGCACAGUGACUUCCCUCUAGCGCUCCGGGUUUGUAUUUCAUGCAGAGGCUCGUCAUGGCGGCUCAGACCCGUGCUCUGGUGUCAGGUCAGUGGCUGGCAAAUGCUGUCAGAAAUAACCUGAUCGGUCCCAAGCUUCGCGUUCUCGACGCUUCUUGGUACCUGCCGAAAACCAAACGGAACACCAGAGAGGAGUUUGCGCAGAAGCACAUCCCGGGCUCGUCCUUUUUCGAUUUGGACGAAUGUUCUGACAAGAACUCUGCGUUUGAUCAUAUGUUGCCAACUGCCAGCUACUUUUCGCAAUAUGUGGGUGAUCUGGGCAUCGGGAAUGACACGCACGUUGUCGUGUACGACACCAGCGACACCGGGGCGUACAGCGCGCCCCGCGUGUGGUGGAUGUUCCGGUUGUUCGGGCACAGUUUGGUGUCGCUGCUGGAUGGUGGCUUCAAGAACUGGCUGGUUGACGGCUAUCCAGUGACGUCCGAGUACUUGAAGCCGGAGAGCAGAGAGUUUAAGGCCACUCUGAACCCGUCGUGGGUUAAAAGCUACGAGGACGUGCUGGAAAACAUCAGAACCAAGCAGGUCCAGGUUGUGGACGCCAGGUCUCCUGGCAGGUUCAAGGGUACUGAGCCAGAGCCCCGAGAGGACAUACUGCCUGGACAUUACCCCGGAGCGAUCAACAUACCAUAUACAACUUUACUGGAUCCCUCUGGAAAGGUGAAGGAUACCGAGAGCCUGGCUGAGAUUUUCAAGGAUGCAGGGGUGGACAUGACGCGACCGUUCUGGGCUUCUUGCGGCUCAGGCGUCACAGCGUGUCAAGUCAUUCUGGCCGCCCACCUGCUCGGGCAUCCCGGGGUUUGCCUUUAUGAUGGUUCCUGGUGCGAGUGGUUUCAAAAGGCAUCGCCAGAGCUUAUCAUCUCAGAGGGCGAGGGAAAGAAGGCGUGAGGGGAAAGUCACUUCUUUAGAGGGAGCUAAGCUACAGGUGUAUCUGAC